AUGGAUUCUGUGUCAGGUUAUGCAUAUCCAAUAAUUGUUGUAGGUCUGGGUUAUAAGAAUUUUCCUAACAAGAGGCUAAGAGUUGAAAUAAAUAAAGAUUCAAGUCUGCUACAUAUUGGAGAUAAACUGAACAUUGCACUUUAUAGCUCUCCCAAAAUUGUAAUAGCAUUG